AUGAGGAAAAUAUACCUUGCUAUCCUCCUCCUCAAAGAUAGCAUCAGCAAGAACUCUAUAAUUCUCCGAUUCUUAGCUCUCAAUUUUUGUCAUACAGCUUUAGAAGCUUCUUCAAAACUGGGAUUUCCAGCUGCAUUGGUGGUUGAUUCCUAUGAAGCACGGGGACGGCAAAGGAGUCCCAUUUCAAAGACGGUCAAAGCUUAUCUGGAAUGUUUCGGGGACGUCCCCGAGAUAAUUACCACCGACAAGAAUUACUCGGGCGGAGAAGAAGAAAUCACUAGCCGAAGACGGAGGAGGAGUCGUUGGAACCCUCCUUUGGAUUCGAACAAAAAACAGAACAGGAUUGGUGAGACAGGAGCUGCUAUUCAAGGUGGUAUCCUUCAAGGUGAUGUUAAGGAGCUGCUUCUGUUGGAUGUAACUCCUCUGUUAGAAACACUUGGAGGAAUUUCCACUAGGCUGAUCAACAGAAAUACAUCCAUCCGUUUGAACAAAAAUGGGUACGAUGGGCAGAUGAUGAGCUUUAGCCGUGAUUCAGCUCCCCUAUUUCCGAAAAGGAAGAAAAGAAACAAAAGGAAGAAGAAGCGGCAGCGGGGUGGAGAAAGUAGGGUUUAUAGAAUUUUUGGUAUAAUUUCUAUUUGA